AGUUAGACAUCGUGUGCAUCUCAUUCUGUCCGCGCAAGCGGACGUUGCGCUAUCUGCAACGUCGGGAUGCCCGGCCGCUAACUGCUAGCUACUUGGAAAACGUUUGCGCCGCUGCGCAGGAGAAGGCGACGUGGUCACGGUCACGGUCACCCCGAACAGCGCAGCCGAUGAUCAUGAGCCCAGUUGAGCCUUCCGAAACUGAUGGUGGCAUGUCGCUACCGCCGGUACUGCUGCUAGAGGUCUUCCGCUCGCUGGACUCCAUGCAGCGCUUUCGCUGUCGGCGGGUGUGUCCCUUGUGGAACACGCUGCUCAACACGGACGGACACUUUUCCGAUGUGCGCGUGUCCGUGGAUGCGGGGGCCAUGCCGAGGCGGAGUACGACGAAAUACCGUUCGACACCCACGGCUUGUACUUGCCGGCGGCUGGACUACUCAAAUGCCUCAGCCGCGCAACCAGGAUGGUGGUUGUUACUCAGCUGGACACACCCCAGGCCCAUCACAUCACCGGUUUGAUCAGGAGCCUUAUCAGCCCCGGCCGCCUGUGGGCGCUGGUGUUCCAUGACUGUGGUUUUGGUCUUGGCUUCGAUUUGUUUUUUCCCGAUCUUAUGGAGGACAUGACUCGUCUGAUCGGCCGGUGUUCGCCGUGCGACAGAGUGAUCCUGAAGAACUGCUGGAUGCUCGAUGAUCCUCUCGAAGCAUUUGUAGCGCAGCACUCCUUCAGCGUGGACCUGCGAGAUCAGAUCGAGCUGCAGAUGUGGGAUCUGUUUGAAACCGGUCUCAUUCUCCGCAGUCCGCUGAAUCGACCGGAGUUGGCCGGGUGGAUAGCUGGCUGCGUUGCGCAAUUUACGGAAAACGAAGACGAGCCGGUUAGAGAUCUUCUAGUGCCGACACUGCGUUACUAUCAGAGCGCAGACCCGCGCCCGUCCUCCCAUUUCCACGAGUGCGAGUGGUCCAAGGCCAAUAUCUCCACGCUGGAUGUCAACCAGCUGACCCAACUGACGGCGGUCGCUCUGAAUGAAAGCCGGAGACGGUUAGCCUUUUAGUUUUCCCAGUUCCCAAAUCACUGCCACUAUCGAUCGUUGAGGAACACUGUCGGCUCCGUACGGAAUCAAAUGGCCAAUGGUUAACUGCAGUUUUGCUGUUUACCGGCGGAAGCGUUGUCUUAAUUUUGUUUGGAAGACUUGUAAUUAUCCCUGUACGCCUAACUGUAGCAUACUGCGAAGUUCAUCGCGUUUCGGAUACUUUUGCAAUACGGAUUCCUGUACUGGAGACAUGGUUUUCUCUACGUUGAUAAAUUGAUCCACAUAGGAAAACGUCAUGAUGAAUUUUUAUUAAUCUUAUGUAUAAACUUGUAUAAAAACCACGUAGCCAGCUUUUAAUAAGCUAUUGUCAUGUGAAGCAACGCGGAGAAUCACGUCAAUCCGGAUUCCCAAAAUGUCCGAAAAGCGAAUGUCAAAGUAUUGCUCCCACAAAACGCUUUCCUGCUCGAACUCAGAGCAUGCAUAUGGCGUUGUUGUGUUCCGGCUGCACAUUGCUUGCGGGUUUUAUUGCACCAUUUUGGAAUCAUGGACCGACUGGUGUUGCUCACGUUCUGUUGUCUUACAUGCACUGUACCUGUUAAUCGUCAACUUUCAUUUAACCGUUCCAUACAAGACUGUGUCCGUGCAACAAUUUGUCUAUUUAUAGAAAAUCCGUUUGC